GGGGCUGGACGGAUUACCGCUCCUCGCGCCAGCAGACGGCGGACUGGAGAACUCAGCCCAGUUUUUGUCUUUUAACCCUUCCGAGAAGAGGCGAGGAGAAAGGGGGUGUGUGUCUGGGGAGGGCAAGGCGCUGCCAACACCUCCUCUUAACUCUCACCGCCCCGCGAGCUCACGACCGACCGCAAUCAGCUGCCACCGGCCCGGAGCGGCCAACGCCACGAGAGCGGAGCGCAGCCACAGCCGCCGCCGCCAGCGAGCCUGCGAGCAGAGGAGCGCGGCCUGGGCGGCUCCGGGGCGCCCCGGCACCCCCUCCCCAGAGGCGGCCGGGAGAGCGGGCUGGGGGCGCCGGAGGCACACUUUGGCGAUGAAGCGCCUUCCCCCGCGGCUGGAGCGCGCGGGUGCCAGGGUCCAAGGACAAAGCAGGGAAGCACUGGUGGCGCCGCUCCCCGGGCUGAGGGGGGGGCAUGCACCUGCAUAGCCCGCCGGGCCUUGGCUCUCCCCGGCGCGCCUCAACUCCCUGGCAGCGCCCGCUCGGGCUCCGGAUUUACUAGAAGCCAUUUUGUCUCCCCCACCCCUCUCCUCCCCUCCCCUCUGCCCUCCCCGCCCCCACGACUUCCCCCUUUUGUUAAUUAAAACUAAGAAGUCAGAAUGGGAACGAGGUGCCCGGCUCCCGUGGAGAAAGCUUAAGGACACCGCGCCAGUUCUCUGCUGCCUUUCUUCCGAGAUGGAAAGAGGAGCUCCUAGCUCACUUAAGCCGGGGUAGGGCUGGUUCUCCUUUCCGAGCCAAAAUCCCAGGCGAUGGUGAAUUAUGAACGUGCCACACCAUGAAGCUCUUGUGGCAGGUAACUGUGCACCACACCUGGAAUGCCGUCCUGCUCCCCGUCGUCUACCUCACCGCGCAAGUGUGCAUUCUCUGUGCAGCCAUCGCUGCUGCCGCCUCCGCCGGGCCCCAGAACUGCCCCUCCGUCUGCUCCUGCAGUAACCAGUUCAGCAAGGUGGUGUGCACCCGCCGGGGCCUCUCUGAGGUCCCGCAGGGCAUUCCCUCCAACACCCGGUACCUCAACCUCAUGGAAAACAACAUCCAGAUGAUCCAGGCCGACACCUUCCGACACCUGCACCACCUGGAGGUCCUACAGCUGGGCAGGAACUCCAUCAGGCAGAUAGAGGUGGGGGCCUUCAACGGCCUGGCCAGCCUCAACACCUUGGAGCUGUUUGACAACUGGCUGACUGUCAUCCCCAGUGGGGCCUUUGAGUACCUGUCUAAGCUGCGGGAGCUCUGGCUUCGCAACAACCCCAUAGAGAGCAUCCCUUCUUACGCCUUCAACCGAGUGCCCUCCCUCAUGCGUCUGGACUUGGGGGAGCUCAAGAAGCUGGAGUAUAUCUCAGAGGGGGCUUUUGAGGGGCUGUUCAACCUCAAGUACCUGAACUUGGGUAUGUGCAACAUUAAAGAUAUGCCCAAUCUCACCCCCCUGGUAGGGCUGGAGGAGCUGGAGAUGUCAGGGAACCACUUCCCUGAGAUCAGGCCUGGUUCCUUCCAUGGCCUAAGCUCCCUCAAGAAGCUGUGGGUCAUGAACUCACAGGUCAGCUUGAUUGAGCGGAAUGCUUUUGAUGGGCUGGCCUCGCUUGUGGAACUCAACCUGGCCCACAAUAACCUCUCUUCUUUGCCCCAUGAUCUCUUCACCCCGCUGAGGUACCUGGUGGAGUUGCACCUCCACCACAAUCCUUGGAACUGUGAUUGUGACAUUCUGUGGCUUGCCUGGUGGCUUCGGGAAUAUAUACCCACCAAUUCCACUUGCUGUGGUCGUUGUCAUGCCCCCAUGCACAUGAGAGGGCGCUACCUGGUGGAGGUGGACCAGGCCUCCUUUCAGUGCUCUGCUCCUUUUAUCAUGGAUGCACCUCGCGAUCUCAAUAUCUCUGAGGAUCGGAUGGCAGAACUUAAGUGUCGGACUCCCCCCAUGUCCUCCGUGAAGUGGAUGCUGCCCAAUGGGACAGUGCUCAGCCACGCCUCCCGCCACCCACGGAUCUCUGUCCUCAACGAUGGCACCUUGAACUUUUCCCGUGUAUUGCUCUCAGACACUGGAGUAUACACAUGUAUGGUGACCAACGUGGCAGGCAACUCCAAUGCCUCGGCCUACCUCAAUGUGAGCACGGCCGAGCUCAACACCUCCAACUAUAGCUUCUUUACCACGGUCACAGUGGAGACCACGGAGAUCUCACCUGAGGACACGACGCGAAAGUACAAACCAGUUCCUACCACAUCCACUGGUUACCAGCCGGCAUAUACCACCUCCACCACGGUGCUCAUUCAGACCACCCGUGUGCCCAAGCAGGUGGCAGUACCCGCGACAGACACCACUGACAAGAUGCAAACCAGCUUGGAUGAAGUCAUGAAGACCACCAAGAUCAUCAUUGGCUGCUUUGUGGCAGUGACUCUGUUAGCUGCCGCCAUGUUGAUUGUCUUCUAUAAACUUCGCAAGCGGCACCAGCAGCGGAGUACAGUCACAGCCGCCCGGACAGUUGAGAUUAUUCAGGUGGAUGAAGACAUCCCAGCAGCAGCAUCUGCAGCAGCAACAGCAGCUCCAUCCGGCGUAUCAGGUGAGGGGGCAGUAGUGCUGCCCACAAUACAUGACCAUAUUAACUACAACACCUACAAACCAGCACAUGGGGCCCACUGGACAGAAAACAGCCUGGGGAACUCUCUACACCCCACAGUCACCACUAUCUCUGAACCUUAUAUAAUUCAGACCCAUACCAAGGACAAGGUACAGGAAACUCAAAUAUGACUCCCCCUCCCCCCAAACUUAUAAAAUGCAAUAGAAUGCACAAAAAAAGAGACAGCAACUUUUUGUACAGAGUGGGGAGAGACUUUUUCUUGUAUAUGCUUAUAUAUUAAAUCUAUGGGCUGGUUAAAAAAACAGAUUAUAUUAAAAUUUAAAAAGAAAAAAAUCAAAA